UUUUUAUAAAUCAUGAAUGGCAAAUUUCCGAUGUGCUGUUGUGUUUGUACUUAACUAACGUUAUUUAUUAUUUGUUAAAAGAAAGAAAAAUGAGUUUCGAAAAACCAGUUUGCGUUGCUGACAUUGAAGCAAUUGCUAGAAAAAAUUUGACAAGAAAUGCUCUGAAUUAUUAUGUAUCUGGAGCAGAUGGUGAGCAAACAUUAUCUGAAAAUUGUAAAGCAUUUGAUCGGUUAAGAAUACGACCUCGAUUAUUGCGAGGUCUCAACCAAGUUGACAUGACCUGCCACACACAAAACAAGCAAUUUAAAAUUCCAAUAUGCAUUGCGCCUUCAGCAAUGCAGAAAAUGGCACAUCCUAUAGGUGAAAUUGGAACAGCUCUUGCUGCUGAAAGCUUUGGUACAUGUAUGGGUGUCAGUACCCUUAGUACCACAUCAUAUGAGGAAAUUGCAAAGGCUGCUCCAAACUGUCACUUGUGGAUGCAGCUUUAUGUUUACAAGAAAAAACAACUGUCAGUAGAUUUGAUCAGAAGGGCUGAAAAAGCUGGCUUCACUGCUAUUGUUCUUACAGUUGAUACUCCAGAGCUGGGCAAAAGAUUAGCAGAUGAGAGGCACAAAUUUUCGCUUCCUUCUGAUUUGGAGCUAGCUAACUUUAAAGGUGUUCCUGGAAUUUCUGAUGUCAGCAGCAAGGGUGGUUCAGGAUUAAUGGCUUACUGCAGCAAAAACAUGGAACGUGCAUUAGGUUGGGAUGAUGUUGAUUGGUUGAGGACAGUCACCAAACUACCAAUAUUGCUGAAAGGUAUUCUCACAAGAGAAGAUGCAUUAGAAGCUUUAAAGCAUGAUGUUCAAGGAAUUAUUGUUUCCAAUCAUGGUGGCAGACAGUUAGAUGGAGUUCCCUCCACGAUUGAAGCACUUCCAGAAGUAGUACAAGCUGUUGAUGGAAAAAUGGAAGUGUAUCUUGAUGGUGGCAUACGUAAAGGAACUGAUGUUUUUAAAGCGUUAGCACUUGGUGCUAAAGCAGUGUUUAUUGGAAGACCAGCUCUAUAUGGACUAUCCUAUAAUGGUGAAAAGGGUGUGAAGAAAGUGUUGGAACUUCUUCAGGAAGAGCUUGAAAAAGCCAUGUUACUUGCAGGUUGUGCUUCGUUGGCUGAUAUUACACCAGAUAUGGUUGUACAUGAAAGCUAUUACUGGAAAUUACCCAAUCACAAGUUGUAAUAUCGUACUGUUAAAGUGGCGUCUGAUUGACUUUAGAUAAAUACAUUCUUCUUGUCGUUAUCUAUUUAUUUCUUGUUUUAAAAUUCCCUUCUGCUAUGAACCAUCGUUAUCCAUGCUGGCAUGGAAAAUGGUGUUAACUAUUUCAUGAAAGUUAUUACAAAGAUACAGAAAGUUUUGUUGAUUAACACAAGGUGUUUCAAAACAAAGGUUAAAUUUAAAAGCAAAAUAAUUCAUAGCAGAAAACAUGCAGUGAUGUGUAAGUUUUGAUAGUAUGGACAUUUUAUGUAUAUAAGAUAUACACUGAUUUGUCUUUAGAAUCUUCUGUAAAAAAAUGUUUGUUAUAAAUUGUUCUUGUUACAUUCUUGUAAUUUCAUUUAUAAAAUGAUUAUUUGUACACUAUGUUUAAAUUUCUUUAUUUUUUUGGUGAUUUUUGCUAACACUUGGAACAAUUUAAUUAUAUGCAGUGUCGUUGCAUAAAUAAUUACAGCUAACAAGACCAGUAUCAGUGAUAUAUGCCAAUCGUAACUUACUGUUAUUUUAGAUAGUUUAGCACUCUUCUGUAUCUUUGCACUUUUUGUAAUUGUCAUGUAUUGAUUUAGCAAGAAAAAAUGCAAACUGUAUUAACUUGGUAUUAUUUUUAUUUAUAUCAUAUUUAUGUGUCCUAACAUAUGUAUUAAACAUUAAAGUUAUUUUUACUAAACAUCUACAUAGCAAGUAAGAAGUUGUAACAAUAUUCUUUUAAUGUUUUGUUUUAUUUUUUUGCUUUUUAAGAGCUAAAAGUUAAGGAAAUGUCAUUUAUGCGUGCAAAAUGAGCCUAAAUGGUGGAAAAAAAUUUUCAUUUCUCAGGAUUGGAUCAUUAGUUUUUUUCUGAUAUUUUGCACAAAGACAGGGAACAAUAGACUCUCAAAUGUGCCAAAGUCAGUUUUCUAAAAACAAAUCUUAGUGAACAAAAUGAGCAAAAAUGAUCAUUAGGACAUUUUUCAGGAUUGGAUCAAUAGUUAAUUCUGAUUUUUUUUCACAAAGAUGAGAACAAUUGCCCCUUAAAUGUUAUAAAGUCAGUUUUUUUAAAAUUUGUUUUUCCGACCCAAUAAUGGCGGAUUCGUGGGUAAAAUGAGUCUUAACAGUUCAAAAAUACAGAUUUUUUUCUCUUUCUUUACGGAGGAUUGGAUUAUUAGUUUUUUCUGAUGUUUAUUCUUGGUGCCACAAAACCUUUUAAAAUUAUUUAAUUAUUGUUAUU